GUCACCAGCCUCAGUUCCUAAUGGAUCGAUCCGGUGGAGCCAAUGCUUACUGUAGGACACGAUUUUGCGGCUUGCAAAAUGAAUCUCACGAGCACAUUCUAAGAUUCUUGGAGUCAAAUUCAAGAGCAUUCGCUCAAUAAGGGAAAAUUUACGUAUGAAGACUGCAGAUUCUCGGUUCCCUGAAUUUGGCCAAUAAGUUAAACUUCCUUCACCCCAAUUCAGCCAUCAAAAUAUUUCCAACUGCCGGUCCCCCCAGCCAUUUUGUGUCACUUGAGUCUUCGCAAGAUCCUCAAUGCAUAGACAACAUGCCAUAUAACAUUUGCAUGGUAUCGGAUUUCUUUUAUCCCAAUGUCGGCGGAGUGGAAUCCCAUUUAUACCAACUGUCCCAACGAUUGAGUCAACGCGGCCACAAGGUCAUCAUCGUCACCCAUUCCUAUGGUCAACGGACAGGUGUCAGGUACCUCACCAACGGACUCAAAGUGUACUAUGUCCCUACCAUGAUCAUCUAUUCUUCAGCGACGUUUCCGAAUUUAUAUGGAUUCUUUCCUAUAUUCCGAAACAUUGUCAUUAGAGAGAAUAUUGAUAUAGUUCAUGGCCACGGCGCGUUCUCAUCGUUGUGUCACGAAGCGAUUCUGCACGGUCGAACCAUGGGCUUGAAAGCUUGUUUCACCGAUCAUUCCUUGUUCGGCUUUGCCGACGCCAGUAGUAUUUUGACCAAUAAGUUACUCAAGUUUACGCUGAGUGACAUUGACCAUGUCAUUUGCGUAUCCCAUACAAGCAAAGAGAAUACAGUGUUACGUGCAGCACUCAGUCCUCGACAUGUAUCCGUUAUACCCAAUGCAGUGGUAGCAUCUCAAUUUUUACCAGAUCCCACAGCAGCUGACCCUAAUUUUAUCACCAUCGUCGUCAUCAGUCGACUUGUUUAUCGUAAAGGCAUGGAUUUGUUGGUGGCAAUUAUUCCACGCAUUUGUGCAAUGCACCCAAAAGUGAAGUUUAUAAUAGGUGGCGACGGACCGAAAAGAAUCGAUCUCGAACAGAUGCGAGAGAAGCACCUUUUACAUGAUCGAGUUGAACUUAUUGGAUCUGUGCCGCACCAUGACGUGCGAAAUGUUUUAAUUCAGGGCCAUAUAUUCUUGAACACAAGUUUGACAGAGGCUUUCUGCAUAGCCAUCGUGGAGGCUGCUUGUGCUGGGCAAGGACUUUAUUCUUUUUUUUCUCGCUUAUCCGGUCCGAAUACAGUAAUUAAUUUCUUACCUUACAGACUGUUAGUCGUGAGCACAAAAGUGGGCGGAGUUCCAGAAGUGCUUCCACGACAUAUGAUCAACUACGCGAAACCUGAAGAAGAUGAUCUUGUCAUUGCCGUAUCCAAAGCCAUACACAUGAUCCGAUAUGAAGUGGUCAAGCCAGCCACGUUUAACGAUGAGCUCAAAGACAAGUACAGUUGGAAAAACGUUGCAGAGAGAACGGAAAAGGUAUACGAUCUCAUCUCCAUGACACAAAACUCGCCACUUAUCGAAAGGCUGAGACGAUAUUAUGGCUGUGGGCUUUAUGCUGGCAAGAUCUUCUGCAUGGUGAUAGCUCUGGAUUAUUUAUUUUGGAUAUUCUUAGAAAUUGUAUUUCCUCGAGAUACCAUUGAGCGGGCUCAGCGUUUCCCAUACAAGAAAUAUCAAACUUUCGAAUAUUCAAAACGUUGCGAGCUUUCAACCACGACUGACUCGAAAAAAGACAUAUGAAAUAAAAAAAUAAAAAUAAAAAUUAUAUAUCUCAUUACACAAAUGCAAGUCAGUUCGUACCAAAGAUGGAUUUUUCUGCCUCACCCCCUUCCAAAAAAGAGAGAGCGAAAAUCAGGGUGUUU